AUGAUAUAUUCUCCAAGUUUUAGAAAUACCGCCAUACAAAAAUUAAGAAAUUAUUUAUUAACUGGAUUAAAGAGUUUAAAUCAAUUUUAUAAUUAUUUAGAUUUUAAAACAAAUGGUAAAUUGAUUUUUAUAUUAGGUUGGUUUGUACCUUUGGGAUAUUUAACUGUUGUUACGAUAUGUUUUUAUCAAUUCUGGGUUAAGACUUUCCCAAUAAUUAGUUCAAAUAUUGGAUAUUUAAAUUUUAUUUAUAUCAUAUUAUCAAUGAUUUUAAUUUAUUUAUCAACAAUAAUUGCCAUAUUUUCAGAUCCAGGUAUAAUAACUCCGGUAAGUUUAACAAAAUAUCCAUAUAAACCAAAUCAAUUAAUAUUUUUUAAUAAUAAAAUUUGUUCAACUUGUAAAAAUAUAAAACCUGCAAGAUCAAAACAUUGUUCAAUUUGUAAUAAAUGUUAUUUAUUAUAUGAUCAUCAUUGUAUUUGGAUAAAUAAUUGUAUUGGUUAUUAUAAUUAUAAAUGGUUUUUAUUAUUCUUGGUGAGUAAUAUUAAUAUGUUAGGUUAUGGAUUUAUUAUAUGUUUUAAAGCUUUAAAUUUACAAUUACAAAGUUUUACAUUUUUAAAAUUAUGGAAAUUAAUAACAAAAACAAAUGAUUCAAACAAGAUUACUGGAAUAUUUAUAAUUUUAUGUUUUAUAUUUGUAUUUAUAGUUAUAGCUUUUACUGGAUUACAUUUACGUUAUAUUUAUUUAGGUGUUACAACAAAUGAAUUAGAUAAAUGGGGAGAAAUUGAAUAUUUAAUUGAUUUAAAUUUACUAUACAAAGUUACACCAUCAAUUAACAAUGAAAAAUAUGUUGAAAAAGCAUCUGUUAGAACUGAGGAUUUAGAAGAUGAGAUUGUUUAUAUAAGUUUGAAAGAUGAAAAAAUUUUGAUAAAUAAUAGUAACAAGGACAAUUAUGAGAUAACACCAAUUGAAUCAAUAGUUACUGAUAUAAAUAAUGAAUAUGAUAAUGGGUUCUGGAAUAAUUUCAAAGAUAGAGUGUUUAUAUAA